AUGGCAAAGCUAAUAACAUUAAUUCUACUUUUUGCCGUUGUGCUAGUCAUCAACGGCAACGUCUUUGCCGCUCAUAGAUUUGAAUCAACAAGGAGCUUACAAAUUUCGUACGAAAAUUCAGUGCAAAUGGAUGUCAAACACAGGCGAGCCUUUGUUCGCAGAGCAAAAAAACCCAAGAAGCAAAAGAAACCAAAGAAGCCGGCUAAAAAGCCCGCCAAAAAGCCGCCAGCAGUCACACCAGCUCCCCAAAAGGUUUACACCAAAAAUCCAUGCAAAUCAUUUGUGGAGGAUUUUUCCAACCCUCGCAUAGCUGAAGCUUCUUCGUACUCGGGUGACCCGUCGUCUGCUGAUUGGAUCAAUUUGUCAGGUAGCCCAUCUUCAUACAACGUUAAGAACGGCCUUUUGACUCUCAACCUUCAGAAACCAUCCCAAUACGAACGCAUUAACUCUGAUCAAGGCCCGUACAACAAAUACCCUGGAUUUGGAACCACAUUUAAUUCAUCACGCUUGAUGCAUUAUGGUGUUGUCGACGUUGUAUUAAAGGCAAACCCUGUUGGCGGGGUGGUAACAGCCUUCAUAACCAUGUCACCAGAAGGAGAUGAAAUUGAUUACGAAAUAGUCGGAAACGACACUCACCGAGUUCAAUCCAACUGGUAUUGGAACGGUGUUAUCAUCUGGGGUGCUCAUGGUGGAAUUCAUGACCUCCCCGAUAACAAACUUAUUUCCGAUUUUAACACGUACACGCUUGACUGGGAUCCAGAUAGAAUUAUCUGGAAAAUUAACGGCCAACCUGUCAGGACUUUAACUAGACAGGAAACCUACGAAAAUGGCAUAUAUAAAUAUCCAAACAGACCAAGUCAUAUUCAAUUUGGAAUUUGGGAUGGAAGCACGGCCCCUGGAACUGCUAAUUGGGCGAAUGGACCCAUCAAUUGGGACCAAGAACCGAAUGUGUUGACCUCACAAAUUGAUACUAUUAGUAUUAAAUGUAAUCCAGACUACAAUGAAGCUCCUUGA